AGGCACGUGGUUCAGGUUGCUGGGUGUGGCUUCUGACAGUCUUACCACAGUCCCAACAGAAAGAAGAACUCAGAAUCACCACUGGGAAAAGAAGUCUAAAGAUGAGAUGCAAAAUCCUGGCUAGUUUCCUUCUGCUCUUCAGCGUUUCCAGCAGAGGGGCAGUCUCUGGAGACAGUGUGACCAUCUUGGGUGCCUUGGGUCGUGAUUUCAACCUGACCAUCCCUGGCUUCCAAAUGACUGAUGAUAUUGAUGAAGUACGAUGGAAAAAGGGAAAGACUCUGGUUGCGGAGUUUAAAAGGAAGACGGAAUCUCUUGAGAAAUCAAAGGCAUUUGAGAUAUUAACAAAUGGAGCCCUGCAAAUAAAAAAGCUGAAGAGAGAUGACGGCGGCACCUAUAAUGUGAUAGUGUAUGACACAAACGGGCAUAGCAGGCUGGAGAAAACUUUCGAAUUGAAGAUUCUAGAGACGGUCUCAAAGCCAGCGAUCUCCUGGGAGUGCAGCAGUACAACCGUGACGUGUAACAUCACCGAGGGAACAGAGGUUGAACUGAGGCUGGAGCAAGGGCGGGAACAUCUCAUAAGCCUCCAGAAGAGCAUCGUGAGUCACAAGUGGACCAGCCUGAACGCGCCGUUCACGUGCACGGCAGCGAACAGGGUCAGCAAGGAAUCCACGACAGCUACUGUCACCGGCUGUUCAGAGAGAGGGCUGCACUUGUAUUACAUAGCGGGGGCCUGCUCAGGAGGCCUUCUCUUGGUGGUCCUUGGGGCACUGCUUAUUUUCUGUAUCUGCAAGAGGAAGAAACAGAACAGAAGGAGAAAAGAUGAAGAGCUGGAGAUAAAAGCCCCAAGAACAAGCACUGUGGAAAGAGGCCCGAAGUCCUAUCCAACCCCAGCAGCGGCGUCUCAGAAUCCAGUGGCUUCCCAAGCUCCUCCUCCACCCAGCCAUCAUCGUCCCUUGCCUCCGAGCCACCGUACCCGUGAGCCGCAGCACAAGAAGAGACCUCCUCCAUCAGGCACACAGGUUCACCAACAGAAAGGCCCUCCCUUGCCCAGACCUCGGGUUCAGCCAAAACCUCCCUGUGGAGGUGGAGAAGAUGCUUCAUUGCCACUCCCUAAUUAAAAGGACAGAAGCUGUCAUUGCCAAUAAAAAGCUGUGUGGAGCUCUCUUCCCCUGGUGCGCAUGCUCACUCUGCCAUUGAGUGUUUUCUACGAGUAAGACCCAAAUGCCUCCCAAGGCUUGCAGACACAGUCAAAGUGAUACCCUCUCAUUCCACCACACAGCCACGUGGUCUAGCCUCUGGAAUCUAUGUCCUCUUCUUAGAUCUGUGACAUCAGAAACAGAGAGAAAAUAAACAUGUGGCUGUAAGGACGUUGGGUGAGGAGAGUAUGACCACCCUUUCCUCUCAGGUCCUGUGUCCAUGUGAACCACUACAUGGCCACUGACUUAUGUCCUACAGGCAGCCUACCUGGACAGAG